AUGUGGAACGUUUUAGAUUUUGUUUUGAUAGUAAUUACUGUAUCAACAGUGCAAUCUGCUAGUGUUGAAUCAAUGGAAAAUACUUUUAAUUGUUACGCUGAUUAUUUGAAGCGACAUGGACUGCUUGAGCCAAGUCUGCAGUUUGAACCUUUUAAUGGCGAAUCAUUUUUGUGUGAAACUGUUUUAUCAGCAACGGUUGAAGGCGUUUACUCAGGACUUUACGAUGAAUUUAGCAAGAGAGAAGAUCUUAAAGACGCAGCAAUGUGCAUCGUCAAUACUCUCAAAGAAUUGAAAUGGAGCGAUUUAGACAUCAAAGAACAAAUUUAUUUGAUUUCCGAUGGACUCACAGGUGAAGAGAAGGACAUGAAAAUUCAAGAAUUGAAGAAAGUUCAGGCAAGAAUCAGUGGCAAUGCAAUCGUUUCUUGUUUAGCUGACAAAGAGUUCAGCGAAUUGUUUAAUCAAAUCUACGCAAAAGAUGACCAAGAAGAUGAUGUCAGCGAUUAUUGCGCAAGAAAAUAUGCCAUUGAGAGUAAUUUAAUAGACAGAAACGUUUAUCACAUCUCACUUAACCCAAAAAAUAUUUCUGUAAAUGGCAUAGAGUGCGAUAUUAUUAAUAAACAGCAUUUCGACGAUGCUGAAGAAGAGUUGAGGCAACAUCUUCUCAGGGAUUUCAAAGAAGAUCGUCAAAAAGUUGAUUGUCUGAUCAAAAAAUAUCACGAAAAUCGUUACUUCGAUAAAACAUUAUCAAUCGCUUUGUUAUCUGAAUUGGACAUAACUGAACAGCAAAAGGAAGUUGAAAGAAAACGUUUCAUUGAAAACAUGACUGUCAUUACCAAAAAUUUGGCUGAAUGUUAA